AUGGCUUUCUUCAAAAAGUACGCCGACGGUCUCGUCGACGAUAUCGGCCGCCUGGGUCUGGGCGACAAGGACAGGAAUGAGCGCAAAGACGAUAACCAGUAUGCAUCUAGCCGCGACGGCUACGGUGGCCAGAAUCCGCCCCAGCAGUACCCUCCCCAGGGACAGUAUCCUCCUCAACAAUACUCCCAUCAAGAGUACCCUCCCCAAGGAGGUGGAGGAUACGGUCAGCAGAGUCAGCAGCCCUACUCUCCUCCCCCGGGAUCGUACCAGUCUCCGCCGCCGACGCACGGCGAGUAUCGCCCCCCACCGCAAGAGCAGCAAUACCCGCCGCAGCCUCCUCCCCCGGGUUCUCGGCCGCCUCCUCCAUACACCCCGCCAGCCGAUAAGCCCCCUCUUUCCUCGGGCUGGACUCCUCGCUGGGAUGAGGAGUAUCAGCGCUGGUACUAUGUAGAGGAUGCUACAAACCACACCCAAUGGCACGCGCCCGGCACCCCGCAUCCCUCCUCGUCUGGGGAUGAGAGUCGUGGGCACGGGACACCGGGCGGCUACUUCCCUCCUACCGGCGGCGACCACGGCUCCUCGCAUGGUUUCGCUUCCCCCAGUCACGGAGGCGGUGACCACUACGGUGCUCAUGCGCCCCAGGGCUACGGCGGGGGUAGCUACGACGAGUCGGGACGUGGCGAGAAGCACAAGGAGAAGAAGGGCCAUGGUGGCUUGCUCCUGGGCGCUGCGGGCGGUUUGGCCGUAGGCGCCGUCGCUGGUGCUGUUGUCGCUCACCGCCUUAACGACGACUCGUCCUCAGACGACGAAUACCACGGGGGGGGCCACUCUAGCUAUGGGGCCGCGGCCGCCGUUGCUUCCCAUCCCUCGACUACCGUGACCAACAACUAUUACUACGAUGAGUCUUCCGCCCCACCUCCUGUCCCGCCGCAGGACUUUGGGGGCGGCGGCUACGGCGGUAGUGGCGGGUACGGUGGCCCUGAGCCGGGUGUACUUCCGACGCACGAUGCAUACGGCAAUGAGAUCGAUAGCAGUGAUCGCGAGUCGCUGAAAGAGGCCCGUGAUGAUUAUGAGGAGGCACUCGAGGAGGCGGCGAGUUCGUCGGCGAGCAGUAGCGAGCGAGAGGAACUUGAGGAGGCGCGCGAGGAGUACGAAGAGGAGUAUGAGGAGGCGUAUUAUGAUGAGUAG